GUGUGUGUGCAGGGGGGUGGGGGGGUGUCUACAGACCGCGAGGGAGGGAGGAGUUGGGUGUUGCCUCUGUCUCCAAACUGUAGUCAGGAUUCCCAGUCGAGACUCAGCCCCGUUACACUCCGCGACACCUGGCCUGCUACCGCCGUCCCGUGAACUCUGCACCGAAUACAUUUGACUAACGUUAACCGACCACAAUGGGAGUCGAAGGCUGCACCAAAUGCAUCAAGUACAUGCUUUUCUUCUUCAACUUCAUCUUCUGGCUUGCAGGAGGUGUUAUCCUGGGCGUGGCCCUAUGGUUGAGACACGACCCCAAGACCAGCAACCUGCUGGAGCUGGAAUUUGAUGGCGCCCAUGCCCCCAGCACCUUCUACAUCAGUGUCCACAUCCUGAUUGCUGUCGGCGCGGUGAUGAUGGUGGUCGGUUUCCUUGGUUGCUAUGGUGCCAUUCAAGAGUCCCAGUGUCUACUGGGAACUUUCUUCGCCUGCCUGGUCAUCCUGUUCGCCUGUGAAGUUGCAGCUGGAAUCUGGGGCUUCAUGCACAAAGACACAGUGUCUAAGGAGAUGAUCAACUACUACGACUCUGUGUACGAGAAGGCCUUGACACAAAGCCUCACUGACAAGGACAAGAAAACGGCCGCCGCCUCCGUGCUCAAGGUCUUCCAUGAGACGCUGAGCUGCUGCGGUAAAGGCCAGGGCACGGCCUUUUUAACACUGAUCACAGACUCACUGGGCCUGACUGAUCUCUGCCCCAGCUCUGAAACUACAACUAAUUGCCAUGAGAGGAUCGAUGACCUGUUCACAGACAAGAUCUACCUGAUUGGUAUCGCCGCUCUGGUGGUUGCAGUUAUUAUGAUCUUCGAGAUGAUCUUCAGCAUGGUGUUGUGCUGCGGGAUCCGCAACAGCCCGGUGUACUAAAGCGACGCUCGCCAAAUGAAGGAAGGACGACGUCUCUGUCUCUUUCUUUUUUCCUUUUCUUUUAUAAGCAGGAACACGUCACAUAUAUUGCUUGCUGGAUUUAGUCAGCUCUUUGAGAAG